AUGAAGGGAGCGAGGGACGAGCGCGGCGCUGCGAUUGGACGAGGCGGCGGGGCGGGGGCGGGGCGAGUCGCUAGGGAGACGGCGGGGGGCGUGGCCCGGCGAGGCGGGGCGGGGCCGGGCGGUGCGCGGGGCCUCCAUCUUAGCGCACAAAGGAUCGGCGUCGCCCGCUCGGGGCGGGGGUUGCGCGGCGCGUUCGGCGCGUACGGGGCUGAGGCGGGCGGGUCGGCGGGGACGGAGCCUUUCAUUACCCGAAGGGAGCCCAUGGGCAGGGGGGGUCAGCGCUUUACCAGGAGACUCUUUGGCAUAUCUUCUAAAAGUGAAAGUGAUCGACUGUGCUGAUUCACUGCCCGCUAUCAUGUGCUGAUAAAGACAUGCAUAGUGCUGCUUCUCCCAGUACAAAUGCAUCUGCAACCUGCAGAAACACAGUCCGCUUCUGCUGCAGUGCUCUCUGAGCAAGCCCAGCUGUUCCUGAACCAAACACAU